AUUUCUUAGUAUUUGUAUUAUUUUGAAUUACACAUGUUGUAAAUUUAACUUUAUUCAGACACCAAUUUUUUUUUCUAUCAAAAUUUUUAAAUUCCAAAUUCUCAGUGACAAAAAUACAACAAGUAACAAAGGGAAAUGUCAGGGUGAUUACACAAUAUUAACAAAAUUUCCUUAGAGAAAAAAAGUACAAAAGUGGAAAAUGGGGCUGAAAAGACCAAAGGGGGAAACUUUAGCCGAAAUAAGAGCAAGGGAUGCUGCAAGGAAGAGGGAAUUUGCUGAGAAACUGAAAAAUCGCCCAUCCGUCAGAGGAGAUACAGAUCCAAGUUCAGCUCGAGCAGAUGCAGAGGCGUGUGCUGCUUUGAAAAGGCCUAAGGGAGAAACCCUAGCAGAAUUAAAAGCAAGGGAUGCAGAAAGAAAAAGAGAAUUGAAUGAGAAGUUGAAAAAUCGUCAGCCAGUGUCAACUUGUCCACGACCGUAUUCAGCAGACGAAGACAGGCCUGAUACUGCAGGACGAAAAAGACCAAGAGAGACUCUAUCAGAUCUGAAGAAAAGAGAGGCAGAAAGGAAAAGGGAGUUAGCUGAGAAAUUAAAGAGCAGGCCAUCCGUACAAGCAGCUGCCACUGGUUCAGCUGAACCGUGCAAAAGGCCCACAUCAGAACGCAGAGGAGAAACUCUUGCUGAGCUACAAGCCAGAGAUAGAGAAAGGAAAAAGGAGUUGCAAGCAUUGAAAAAAGUUAAAUCCAAAUUAGGGACUCUAGAUUACAAACCCCGGGAAGCCAAGCCACGAGGGGAGACUCUAGCCGAAUUGAAAAGAAAAAAUUUAGAGAUGAAAAAAAGACUGAAGGAAAAAGUUGCAUCAAGAACUCCUCCACAUUUGAGGGCAAAGAAAAGGGAGGAUGUCGCACCCCGACCAGCUACAACGGGUGCAAGGCCGCGUACAGCAUCGCAGACAGCUCAAUGUGUCCGUCCUAAAACGACAACAGGCCCUGGAAGUAGGCCGAGGACUGGUAAAUCACCAACUAGGCAGUUUGAUGCUUCUGUUAGUAGAGCGGAGCAAGAUGAAAUUAUAAGACUACGAGCGGAAAUUGAAGAUCUCAAGCAAAUGCUUGCAGAUGUUAAACAAGAAGCUUGCCUAAUGCCCCCUGGAGAGGCACCUCCGCGACCGACGUACAUGGCUCAACAAAGAGAAUUAACAGACCCUACAUUUGAAGGGACAAGAUAUCUUUUGGAAACAGCAUACAAAUCAUUCGGAAGAAUAGAGGCGAUGUGCCCUAACUUUCUUAAUGAUGAUGUUAAAAGGGCUGCUAAAGUCCUUAUAGGACUUGCUGCUGGCUUUGUACCAGGCACUCCUUACCAUUCUCUCUAUAAAAGAGCAUUAAAAGAAGGACGUUCUGAGCCAGUUGAUUCUCAAUCAAUGCUGCCUGAGCAGAUAGUCCUUCGACCAGGCGACGUAGACCCAAAUGCAACGACUAUUGUCAAAGUUACCGGGUCAGGUGAUGUUGAGGAAACAUGCGGUCCUUCAGAAGAACAUAUGGUAAAAGUGGUCCAGGCUAGGCCAUCGCCUUAUAGCACACAACAAGCCAACUCACUAGCAGGCAUUCAGGAAUCUGUUGCUCUGCCGACUUUGCCAGAGGAAGAUGAAGACGAGAUGACUACUGAGCUGCGCGAACUACUCGAAAAUCUAAGGCCUCCUGCUGAUGAUAGAGGAACUAAAGAAUUGCGAGAAGUGGUCGGUACAAUCCGGGCCCCCAAAUGGGAGGACAACCGUGAAUAUGGACUAGGCAGGCCAAUUAGUCCUUUAAGAGAUUUUGAAACGGAAGAGGGCAAUAUUGUUUGUAUGAAACCGCAAACACCCGAAUCUGAAAGGAAACGAAGGCGACACAAGCAAGCAAUGAGGGAAAGAGAUCUUGAAAAACUCGAAAGGCAGAAGAAAGCUUCCUUAAUUAGAAUGAGAAGAGAACUAUGGGCUAAAGCUGGGGCAGUGCCACCAGGGCUGGAAGAGGAGUAUGAAGUUGAUGAAGAAGGCAGAGUACGUGUGGAAAACUUAAUGCGUCCUGUACCACCGCCAGACGACAAUUUGAUAGAUUUUGGUCCAUAUGGUGAGGAGCUUGUGCAGAAUGUAGUUCCGCGAUCUAGAUUUGCCAGACAGCUUGGCUUGGAGGGCGAGGGGCAAGGAGCUGAUCUAUGCCUCGGAGAUCGCUACUAACUCCUAUGCUUGCUGAAAUUUUGUGGUAUUCAUAAUAAAGUUCCAUUGACACACCCUGUACAUAUUUGAUUGAUUAUUAGAAAAAAAUUUUAAUAAAGUGUAAUAAUAAAAAAUUAUUUU